AUUUUGAUUCCAAGUGAAUAAUAGACCAUACAAGGCAAACGAGAAAUAUAUAGAAGAGGUUCGUUGUGCCAUGUGAUCGCCAAUGGGUGCCUCCGAAUCCGUGCUUUCGAAGCGUUCCGAUUCGAAGGUCAUCGAUGAGAUCACCACCAUCUCCGAGAGGAUCGAGGGCGUCGAUCCCAUCGUUCAGCGUGUCCAAGCCCUCCGAAUCGUUGGCUCUCUUUCUAUGGCUGAGCCACUGCUGAAAAGCCCCCUUGAAUCGGAGACCUCCUUGACUGACAUUCUCGUCCGCAAGCCUACCUCUUCGUCCUCGAUUCCAGGGACUUUGAAUCCCAAAGUCUUGUUGGAGCUCUUCUCUAUGUAUAGAGAAUGGCAGGAAGAGAAGGCUAAGAGGAUUAGUCAGAAACAGGAGGAGAUAGAAAACAAGAUAGAAACUGUGGAUGCUUUGGCUGUUAAACUUCUUCAGCGGUUCAGUUAUUCAGGGUCAUCCAUGAGAACGACAGCUCACAACCUUGCUGAAGUUCAUCCAUUGCAAGUUGAGGUUGGUGAACUCAAAGGCAGACUGACAGAGGUGAUAAGCAAUUGUGAUGCCAUAUGCAAGAGAAUUGUUACAGAAGGGCCAGAGUCACUCCGCUCAUCUGUGACGCCAUUUUCAGUCUGCAGCAACGCACCUACUUCUUGCUCUCUAAUUACAAAAACUGAAAGCCAUGACUGAAGAUGACUACUGUUCUACUUAAUUCUUUGUUGACUUUUAUUUACACCGUGUUUUGUGUGCUAGCAUGUACUCCCAUGCUUCCAACAUGUGAGCUAGUAGUUGAAGCCAUCUAGGCUCCCUGCUGGAGAAUCAGCCUUGAUUUGGUUUCUCAACACACAAAUAAAUUUUACAGUCUCAACAUGAAAAUUAAUUUUACAGUGUUUGUUUUCCUCCAUUUUGUAUAGAACAUGUUCUCUGACUAAUUUAAUUGUUCUAGUUAUUUCUGAGUUC